GAAACGACAGCACUCGCGAAAGAUCGUGAUUUCUCGUGAACUGAGAGUCGACCGAGGAUGGAGGAAGAGGCUCGCAAGCUUCUCGCGGAGGGAAUUAAAAAGAAAUUAAUCAGUCCCGGUAAAGGAGACUUAUCGACCUUUCCCAAUGGAACUAAGGUGGUCUUUCACUACCGCACCAGCCUGUGUGAGGGCACCGUGCUGGAUGACUCCAGAACCAUGGGGGGCCGCAGCAAACCCAUGGAGCUCAUCCUGGGCAAAAAGUUUAAACUGGCUGUGUGGGAAAGACUGGUCAUCACUAUGAGAGAAGGAGAAAUUGCAGAUUUUACCUGUGACACCAAGCACACAGCACUCUAUCCGCUUGUGUCCCGGUCCUUAAGAAACAUCAGUGUUGGUAAGGACCCUCUGGAAGGCCAGAGGCACUGUUGUGGCAUCGCCCAGAUCCACUCGCACCACUCUUUGGGUCACAAGGACCUGGAUCAUCUCCAAGCCAAUCCACAGCCACUUGUCUUUACUAUCGAGCUGCUGGAGGUUCUUCCUCCCGGGUCAUUCCAGCUGGAUGUGUGGGCCAUGACGGAUGAGGAGAAACUCAGUUUUGUGCCUCAGAUCCACGAGGAGGGCAACAAGCUCUUCAAAGAAGGCCACAUCAGUGAGGCCAGAGACAAAUACUACAAUGGCAUCGCCUGCCUUAAAAACCUACAGAUGAAGGAGCAACCUGGAGAUGAAAGUUGGCUAAAGUUGGACCAGCUGAUCACAACACUGCUUCUCAACUACUGUCAGUGCCUCUUGCUUGAGGGCCAGUAUUACGAGGUCAUCGAACACUGCUCGUCCCUGCUCUUCAAAUACGAGAACAACGUAAAGGCCCUUUACAAGCGCGCUAAAGCCCACGCUGCCGUGUGGAACGAGGCGGAGGCGCGAGCUGACUUCGCCAAGCUCUUGGAACUGGAUCCUUCUCUGGGACCGUCUGUGGCCAAGGAGCUGAAAACCAUGGAGGACAGGAUCCGCUCCAAACAGAAGGAGGAAAAGGGUCGCUACAAGGACCUGUUCAACUACAACACGCCACCAGCCACUGCCACUACAGGUUGAAGUCUCGAUGAGUCGGACUCGAGAGGAUGCCUGUGAAUUUCAAGAUGGAGGAGAGAAACAGUCGGUGCGCUCGGCGUUUCACUUUCAUUCCAUCCAAGCCAAACACCCAGCCACGGGUCGAUGCGCAAACAAAACUUGCAUUGCAGCUUUAGUCCUCUAAAUGUUAAAUUAAGAUUUUGAUUUGAAAAUGUUUAUGUUGUUGCUGGAAUUUAAAGUGAAAACACAGUUUUUUUUAGAGGACUGUAAUGUAAGGCAGAGCCAUUAAUUCAGUCUGUAAUAUUAAUUUAAAGGAACUUUUUUUUUUUCAUUUACCUUCUUAAAGGGAGUGUUUUCCUUUUAAUGAUCAACUUAUCUGCAAUUUGGGAGCCCAUUACCAGACAAAAUUGAUCAGAAAACCUUUUUUUUUUUUUGACAAUCAUGUACUCACACGCAUCUCAUCUUUGCCUCGCACCCCUUUUCUAUCAUGGUCACAGCAGAAUCACCAUUACUACGAUACGUGGGCCAUGAAACGUAACCUCUGCGACAAUCUUAUAAAACACUUUCAUUGUCUUUGCUUUCUACUGUGUACUUAUUUCAUGUAUACUAAAUACUACCUUUAUUUUUAUGUCAAGAUGUACUCUGCGCAAACUCACAGUAUCUCAUUCACUUGCUUAGAAAGAGCUACUCUUUACUGUUUAUGUGAAACAGUGGGUCAUUUAACCCAAGCUUGCCUGCAGUGACAUGUUACUGAGGUUGUGAUUGUGGAACUGUAAAUAAAUCUGUGUUUAUCCUCA